AUGGCAACAGGUCUUACCUGCACAAAGCGCAAGUACAGCGUCAUCCUCGCCUCCAUCUGUCUAGGUCUCGUACCGUACCACAUCUACUGGGCAGGCGAGAUACCGAGCUAUUCCUUGGGAAGUCAGUACAGCUUGCCGGCUUCUCCGGUAUCAAAGGCAGAAGACGAUGUUGAGUUCGAACCACAGAACCCCAAGGCAUCCAGCACCGAUGCUCCGACACUGCCGCUUGAGUACUCGACAUUGACCGAGGGCCAACAGAAAUGCGACCUAUUUUUCACGACGAAUUAUCUUGAACACACGGCCACACACCAACAGCCGUACUGCGACGCGCAAUCUCCAAGUGCUUUCCAAUGCUUCACAGCCCCGCGGCUGGUGGUACCCGCCACCGCAUCGUGGGGACAGACUGACCCUCUCUGCAUCGCCCAAGGGGUGUCUUUUGAGCCGGCGCAAGCUGGAGAAGCUCGAGACUCUCAAGCAAGUAAGUCUGACUGUGGAAUUUACUCUCAUCUACGGCCAGCUAAUGAGGGACAAUUAGAAGAGUUUGAGAUGCAAUGCAAGUUGAGGGACAUAUCUGGGGAGAGAGCCAGCUCCGCAGACGCUGCCAAAGAUCUCGAGGGCUUUCGCGACCUUCCUACAGACUGGGGUUGGUAUUGGGGAGACACCGGCGUCGGGGCGUCACUGAACACAUGGCGAUUCUCGGAUGACCGCAACGCUAGCGGCUGCACUAAAGAGAACAGCAACAACGAGUGGGUAAUGCUCAUGAGGCGGGACAGCACAGACACGCACAAUCUCUGGCAUAAGCUGAUGGAGAUCCUGCAAGCGCGCCACAGCUUCGACGCGCUGCGCAUCGCUAUCAACCCUACCACUGGGACCCCUUGGCUGUCAGAAGGAGAUGCCGCAAAUGUUCAACUUGUCUUUGAUGAUGAUCGAGAGGAGUUGCUCGAGCCUCUCUGGGAGAUCGUCACUGGCAAAAAGCCCAUCCGCAAGAGCUCACUACAGGCCACUUGCCUCGGCAACGUGAUCCUGCCGCUCCCGGGUUCUGGAAGCCCUUUCUGGUCAAACUUGCUUGACACCGGCUACCAAGAGCGAUGCCCAUCACAGACGCUACUGACGACUUUUGUGAGCCGGGUUUUUGAGUUUCAUGGUGUUGUACCACGGCCGGUGACGGAAAUCCACGCAAACCCGACAAUCACAAUCGUUCAGCGAAAGAAGAACAGGAAGUUCAUGUCCUUGGAUCGAUGGAUACCGAUUCUAAAAGAGCGCCACCCACAAUCUACCAUCCGCGUGGUUGACUUUGCCGACAUCUCCAUCGAAGAGCAAAUCCUUCUCGUCCAAUCCACAGACAUCCUCGUGGGCCAUCACGGUGCAGCGUUGACGCACACCAUCUUCCUAUCGCCCGAAUCCACCGUGGUCGAGAUACUGCCGCGAUACUUCGACCAGCAUGGAUUCCGCGCCACGGCCGCUCUGCGCGGGGUCCAGUACAUAGCGGGCAGGGGCAGAUACGAGGAGGAAUAUGAAAACGCGGUGCACGGUGAGCCGCUCCCACAAGACUGGCCGCCUCCCCCUCCGCAGGAAUUCAAUCAUUUUCAGCAGCAAGAGUGGGUUUAUCUGACGGAUGAGGAUUUCCUGGGCUUGGUUGACGCUGCGGUCAGGACUCAGUUGAACCGACUUGGUAGUAGUAAUUUAUAG